AUGGUCAUCGGACUCUUGGCCAUUACGGCCAUCCCGACGGUGACGGGUAUAUCUCUCGCAUCAAGCGAGCAGCGCAAAGCAAACCAGCGCAAGGAAGACAAUCGGCGCAUGAUGAAGUUCAACAUCCAAGCUGAAUGCAACGGCGAUACGGAUGAUGAUCGCGAGUUGAAUGGGAUGAGUGUUGUUGUUAGGAAUGAGAAGGUCUACCUCGCAGAUCCUAACCCAUCCAAUCGCUCCAUUCCAGCCUUCACAGCUCUAGCCUUUUACAUUGAAUACCCCGAACUAGAUGAAACGAAACAUCUAGAUCGGGGUCUUGGGCUUCCUACUUAUGUACAGGAAACGCCACCGCUGCUCAAUUGGAUCUAUGCCGAUAAUGAGACAUACGAGCUGCGCUAUGGGAAUCGGUCACAAAGUGUGGAGCAUAUAGUUGGGCCGUGGGAUUGGGAUAAAGAGGAGAGGAUCAUCUCGCUGGAUAAGAAGCAGAAGGCUUUCUAUGCAGUUGAGGAAGAGGAGGGUGAAUGGGCGCUUUAUUUCGAUCGUGAUGGAGAUGAAUUGGAGGGGGUUUUGGAGGAGCAGGGUUUGUUGGAUUGUGCGUUUGUCCCUGUCACUUUGGUUAGGAAGAUUGUUGAGGAAAAACCUCCUCCUGCUCAGCCUCAGUCUCAGCCUCGUGGCCAAAGUCAGGGACAGGCGCAAGGACAGAAUGGAAAGGCUGGGCAGAAAUGA